AUGUGCUACUACGACCAGACGCGGUGGAUCUGCCAGUACUGGAAGUGGGGCAACUUCCGGCAGCAGUGCAACAAGGAGCACCGGACGGGCGAGACGUGCGGGCUCAAGCUGAUUUACGAGACUGAGACGGUGGGCGAGCAGUGCAAGGUGUGCGACGCCAUCAACAAGAAGCAGCGCCGCCUGCGCAAGAUGAUGGACGACGUCAGCCGCUGGCAGCGCGAGGGCGGCCGCCGCGCCACCAUUGAGAAAACCCAGGCCGACAUUAAUGAUCUUGAGCUCCAGAUCAACGAGCUCUGGAGGGGACAUGUCGAGAGGGUUAAUAGCAUUAGCUAUUAG